AGACCGGGCUGGAGCUCCGAAUGUGUUCUGCUAUGACUAUAUCGGCAGUUUAAAGUGUGUACACGCUCCCGGGACAUGUAGGAAAAUAGCAAGUCAUCGGUACAACUUGGCAAUUCGCUGGAGCUGCGCAGUCUCGGUUUUUGCUCGAAGGGAUGACUUCGCAACAAAGCCAAAAUCUUGAAGCCAGCACGCCAGACAUCGCGAGGCAGGGCCUUUCUCUCGAAACGGGGCCCAGCCGCGCCAAUGCCAGUACACACCCCGACCCCUCGCGCGUGUGGACUCCGGUCGUGGUCCGUUGCAUCGCCUCCUUCCUGCCGCCCAACGAGGUCGCCUGCAGCUUGCGCCUGGUGGACAGCGCCACGGCCGCGCAGUUCGCCGCGCCCGCACACGCCACCGUCACGCUCAGCCAGCCAGUGCCGCACCACGCCUUCGCGGCGCACUGGACCCGCCCCGACGCCUUCGCCGCACUCAGCCGGCUCGAUCGGCAGGUGCUCCUCCGCAAUACCGCCCGCAGCGGCUGCGUCGACAACCUGUGCCUCGCGCUCGACCUCAUUCCGGACUGGAACGUUAACGUUGACCUAGUGCUAGACGCCGCAACCGGCGGCAGCCUGGCGUGCGCGCAGCUAGCGAAGGAGCGUGGGCACGUCGUCAUAGGCCACCCUUCGCUCAAGGCGGCGGCGAGGGCGGGAAGCCGGGAGCUGUGUGAGUGGCUGUUGCGGGAGCGGCUGGCGCACGACCGGCGCGCGCUGCCGGGCUGGGCGGCCCGCGGCGGGCAUGAGGCGUUGAUGGAGCACUUCAUCACCGCCACCGCCAACUGCUGCGACGCGCUCGGAGUGGACGACGUGCCAAACACAGAGCUGCUGGAGGGCGCGGCGCACGGCCUGCCGCUGCCGGCGCUGCAGCGCCUGUACCGGCGCCAGUUCGGCGGCUGCAUAGGCGGUGGGGCGGCAGGGCCGGGGGAGCGAGAGGGCAUGGAGGCGGCGGCGGAGCGGGAGGGGACGAGGCGUGGCAGCUGUGACUUGGCAGCGGAUGAAUCGGCAGCAGCAGCAGCAGCAGCAGGAGGAGGAGGAGGAGGAGGAGGAGGAGGGCCUGGAGGAAGAGGAGGAUGCAGGGAUGGGAGAGGCGGGGAGUUCGCUUGGGCGUACGGCGGUCGUGGGUGUGGCGGCGGAGGCCGCGGCGGCUCUGGCUGGGGGCCGCGCGUGGAGGUGUGCGAGGAGCUGCAAUGCCUGGCGGCGCUGCUGGCGGCGGCGGCGGGCAGCCCCACACCGGACUGGCUGGACAAGCUGACGUGGCUGGAGGCGCAGCUGCCGCGCGGCGGCGCGGAGGGGCGGCGGCGGCUGGGCCCCAAGGUGCGGCUGGCAGUCAUGCGGGCCGCGGCCGAGGCGCCGUGGGGCGCGGGGGCGCGACUGAGAUGGCUGCACCAAAGCGGAUACGAGAUGGAAGAGGAGCUACUGAUCAAGGCAAGUCGGGCACUGCGCGGCAACCUGGACGCACUCGACUACUGCCUGGAGGUGCUGGGCGGCGGCGGCAAUGGCGGCGGCGGCGGCGGUGGUCGCCAUGGGAAUGGCGGCGGCGUCGACUGCCAAGGCGGCGACGGCGAUGGUGGUGGCAGCGGCCGAGCCACGGCGCGCGUCAAGCCAGGCGCAGCCAUCGCGUCGACUACCGAAGCGGGCGCACUUGCCGGGAAUCAAAGGGCAGCAGCGGCGGCUGCAGAGCUAGCGGCGACCGCAUUGCCAGCGGCGGCAGCGGAGGUCGCGGCGGCGUCGGCUGGGCUGAAGCGCUGCAGUCGCGAGCUCGUCGUCGCUUUGGAGAGACUGGCGGCUGCUUGCGCGCUUGACGGCAAUGUGGGGGCUCUUGAGGUACUGCGGCGGCGCGGGCUGCUGCUGCUUCGGCCGCCACAGGGCUUUCUAAAGGAGUUGGUUGAGUCGGGCACACUGCAGAGCCUACAAUGGGUGGUGGAGCGAUGGCAGGAGCAGGAGCAGGCACAGGUGCAGGCGCGGGUGCAGAUGCAGGAAGCCGCGGAGGGCGCGGAGGUUGCGAAACAAAAGGGUGUGGGCCGGCGGAAGGAGGAUGGCCAGGCGGCCGAGGGGGCAAUGAGGCCGCGGCAAGCGUCAGCGGCCGGCGAAGGGCAACACGGGGCCGCAACGUCAGCAGUCGCUGCGGUGCAAGCCGGGACGGCAGGGAGUGCUGGUGCUGCUGGUGGUGCUGGUGUGGCUGUGGCAGCAGCCGCGGCGCAACAAGGGAGCGGCGGUGGUGGGGCCUCCGCCGUCAGCAGCAGCGCCAGCAGCAAUACCGGCAAGAGCAGUGGCGAUGGUGUGCACACUGGAAACGGCGGCAGCCACGGCGGCAGUAGCAGCCCGCUGCUGCAGGAGCUGCACAGUGACCGGGUCAUUCUGGCCGCCUGCUCGGCCCAGCGGCAGCACGGGCAGCCCGUGUUGGCUUGGCUGCGCGCCCGGGGCUGUGUGUGGAGCGCCGAGUGCUUCACGGCGGCGGCGGGCGCGGGCGCCAGUGAGGCGCAGCUGGCGUGGAUGAUCGCGGACGGCUGCCCGGUGCCGACCGGUGGAGAGCCCUACACGCUGGCCGCAUACCAGGGCAAUCUAAUCGGUUUGCAAGCCAUGGCACGACUGGGCUGCCCGUGGGGGCCGCCGGGCCGCGCACUGGCCCGAGCCAUCUUCUUCCACGGCCGCGGCCGCCCGCCCCUGACGGCGCUGGAUGAAAUGCUGCGGCUGGGCUGUCCAGUGGAUUGGCGGCGGGUGCUGGCGGCGGCGCAGCGGCGCGAGUGCCGGUAUAAUAUUGCGGAUGAGCAGCUGAUGGAGUGGAUUCUGGAGGGGGAGGAGCUGUGCCGGCGUCGGCAGGCGGCGCACGCGGCUCGCGGUCGACGGGUGCUGGGGUGGGUGCUGCGGGUGGCGUGUUGCGGAGGCCGGAGUGGUCCGGAUAUGGGUCUGUUUGAGGGAUACGAUAAGAUGGAGGUGGAAGAGCCGUCUGAGUCGGAGAGCGAGGACGAUUUCUGGUGAGGGAGUCGGGAGGGGGUCGGUGAAGGUGCGCUUUAACCGGGGCCCACCGGUGUCCGGGUUUGGACAUCGGACUUUGGGGCCCAGGCGCACCGCGCAGCAUCCGCAAGAUAACUGG